AUGACUUUACCGAAAUUAGUUUUAUCAAAUCAGGGGAAAAUACUAUAUGACAUAGUGAACCAUCCAAUAAGGACGAUAAAAAAUAAAAUUGAAAACUUUUUUAAAUUCGAAAAUAUUGAUAACUUAAAUAGUGAAAUAUCCGUAAAACAAAAUUUUGAUGAACUCCUUGUUCCCUUGACACACUCUGCUAGAAAUAUUAAAGACACUUUUUAUUUAAAUGAACAUUACAUAAAAAAUUUCUCUUUUUAUUUUCAAAAUUAUUAUACCCCAUUUGAUAACAUAAAUUCUAUUUAUAAAUAUUACUUAGCUAAUAAAUUAUUAUAUCAUGAUAAAAUAAAAUUAAAGCGUACACAUAUGACUGCACAUUUACCUGACUUGUUAAGACAAAAUUAUAAAAAUGUUAUUUAUACAGGUGCCGUAUACAGAAAAGAUGAAAUAGAUAAAUAUCACUUCCCUAUUUUUCAUCAAACAGAUGGGUAUUUAAUACAACCCAAAAGUUUUAACGCUGAAUCGGAUUUGAAAAAAAAACUUGAGCAGUUAAUUAGUUAUUUGUUUAGUUCGAAAAAGAUAGAAAUGAAAUGGGACAGUAACACCACCUUUCCUUUUACCGAGCCAUCAUACGAGUUAUAUAUAAGGGCAAGAGGAGUUGCUACUCCUGAUAUGAGCAUUGAUGUGAGUACAAAUAGUAGUAGUGAUGGUUCCUUUGAUGGCAGUACUAACCGAAGCAAUGGAAGCUCUGGUAAUAACAAGUGGAUCGAAGUCCUAGGAUGUGGUAAAAUUAAAAAAGAAGUAAUUGCCAUAUGUCUGUACGAGAAAGAUUUAAAUCAAAUAAUAGAAAACGAAAUUGCCAUGUUUGAUAAGAAUUUGAUGAAGAUAAUUGAUAAAUGUAAUGACGUUAAAAAUAUAGAGGAAUGUUCAUGUGUUGAAGAACGCGUUUCUUCUAUUAUUAAUAAUUUAUGUAAAAAACAUCUAAGUGACAGAAUUGAAAAAAAAAUUUAUGAAUUUAUAAAAGAUAUAAAUCACGAAGGAUGGGCAUUUGGUAUAGGUCUUGAAAGAUUAGCUAUGUUAUUAUAUGAUAUAUAUGAUAUACGUUUAUUGUGGUCUAAUGAUAAAAGGUUUAUAUCUCAAUUUAAAGAAAAUGAAAUUUCAUCAUUUCGACCAUUCAGUAACUUUCCAUCAAUAAUAAAGGAUGUCACAUUUUAUAUUAACGAUUCUUUUAAUGAAACCUUGUUUUUUCAAAUAUGUAGAGAUAUAGCACAUGAAAACAUCGAGGAAGUGAAAAAGAUAGAUCACUAUUAUAAUCCCCACACAAACAAAGCAAGCGUAUGCUACAGAAUAACCUAUCGCUCGCAUAAGCAAAAUCUAACCCAUAAAAGUGUUAAUGACAUACAGAACAAGGUUAUUCAAAAGUUAAUUAAAGAGUGUUCUGUAGUUAUUAGGUGA